UUGAAUGUUUCUCUAUUUUUAGUUUUUUUUUAAAAAUUAUUUUUUUAAAGAUAAUAGAAAAGGAAAUUCAUAAAAGUACAUCCAUGAGGUGUCUCUCCUUAACUGUUGGAAUACAGGUAGGUAAAAACAUUUAGUUCAAGUAGAGCUACUCUCUUCCUACUGCUUGCCUUUUUUUCUCAGCUUGUCUGAAAAAACAUCACUUUUGAAAAAUAUAGAGGUCUGUUUAUGGUGUGGGAAGAUGAGCUAUCUUGGUGUGGGUGUGAGUCCAGGCCACGUUCCUGUAUAUCACCAUGUGAGCAAUCUGAAGGUGAUUGACAGGAGAGUGAAGCUUGCAGAGUUGGUUCUGAGAUGUGUCAUCUGUGUUUUAGCCAUUCUUGCAGCUGUUCUCAUAGGAACCGACACUCAGGUGAGGGAGUUCUUCACAAUAAAGAAGAAGGCCAAGUUCACAGACAUGAAAGCCCUUGUUUUCUUGGUGGUAGCCAAUGGAAUAGCAGCUGCAUACUCACUUCUCCAGCUUUUGAGGUGUGUUGUGAGUAUGGUUAGAGGGAGUGUGCUGUUCAACAAGCCCCUGGGUUGGGCCAUUUUCUCUGGAGAUCAGGUGAUGGCCUACUUGACAAUGGCAGCGGUGGCAGCUUCUGUGCAAUCGGCGGUGUUUGCGAAGUUUGGACAAACUGAGCUGCAGUGGAUGAAGACGUGCAGUUUCUAUGGGAAAUUCUGCAACCAGGUCGGGGAGGGCGUGGCCAGCGCGGUGGUGGUGAGCCUCUCCAUGGUAAUACUGUCGGGGUUAUCGGCAUUCAGCUUGUUUCGGCUCUAUGGAGAUGAUGACAAUGAGAAGAGCAGUGGGGAUUGGUAAACUAUGCAUGAAAUGAAAUCAAUCACACAAUGAGAAGAUCUGUUUUGUAUUGUAAUGUAUUAUCUCUAACAUGGAUUAGUUAAGGAUGGAUGAUGAGUAUGUGGUGUGCAUAACAGUCCUGUCUUUUGUAAUUGUGUCCGCUGCUGCUGUCUGAAUAAUAAUGUUUAAACAAGAAAAGCGUUGUUCUGAAAUCA